GUUCGCUUCUUCUCACGUUGUCAGUUCUGUCCUCCCCGCCGUCCAGCCCACUGCUCGCUUGUGGUCUCCAUUUGCUAACCGCCCCUUUCUUCUGUGUUCUUCCGUCUCUUCUAUUCCUCUCUGUCGCCUAUGUCACCUCUGUUCUGAGCUGCCCUUUUGCCGUCGCAUCUGCCGUUGUCUCCUCUCUUGCCGCCGGCGCCGACGGUUCUGAUUUGCCGUUGAGCUUAUCUUCUCUGGUCAAGGAGUGUUUUUUGGAAGCAGAAGCAGCGUAGAAAGCUUGUGAGGAGCCAACUCUUAUUAUCAAUAGUUUUGGGUGUAGAUCCAAUUUCAGUAUGGCUUCAUUUGGAUUAUACCAAACGAGAAAGAAAAGAUUGUAAUUUUGUGCAACUGAGGGCUUAACAAGAAGAUUCCCCCUAUUGAGCGCGAACAGAGGCGCUUGUUCACGUCAACCGCAGAACCCCGUUCUUUCCAAAGAGCAGCGAGUUGUGUUGUCUGCAAUUGCAGUUUCAACACUUCCAGGAGACGGGAUCACUGUCGAUCCUGUGGGAGAACUUUGUGGAACGAAAAUUCAUCAAAUCAAAUGGCUUUUACAUUAUUCUUUUCAAAGUCAAUUUUGGAUCUUCUUCUGUGAUCAUCCUCCUGGUACAGUCCCCAGUCUCAAUCCUCCAGGAAGGAGGAUCUGCAAUCCAAUGCAUGGGUACAGUCGCUUGGGUGGAGGAGCACGUUCCAGCAGCUCGCCGCCACUGUCCCCACGUUUCCGCCAUGGCCGGAGCAAGGGCAGCAGCUGCAGCAGAGGUUCAUCAAAGGAGGACACUAAUUGGAUGGAGAAAUUGGCCUUUCUUCUCAUGUCGGCAGUUUUCAGAAGGAGAGGGUUGCUUUUGUUUGCGCCCUUGUUGUAUAUUUCGGGGAUGUUGCUGUACAUGGGUUCUUUGAGCUUUGAUGUUGUGAGUAUAAAAGAUGGUGUUGUUGUUGUGCACAAGCGUGCUCCUCCCGGUUCAGUUUAUAGAAGUCCUCAGGUCUUUGAAAAGCUAUGGCCUUUCAUGGUGGAUGAGGGUGCUCAAGCCAAUGCUAAUGCCACUGGAAAUGCGUUGAUGAAAUCAUGGAAUCUAAAGGAGCAUAAAGGGUGGAAGCCUUGUGCUAACAAAAGUGUUCCUCAAACAGAUAUGUGAUGCUGUUGCUGUUGCUGGACUACUAAAUGCAACUCUUGUUAUUCCAAUAUUUCAUUUAAACAGUGUGUGGCGAGACAAAAGGCUUCUAUUCAAUAAUAACAUAAGUAACAUUGUCAAUCUUAGAGUUAAAGCUUGGUCUAGUCCUGCUCACUAUCUUCAGAAGGUCCUUCCUCAACUAUUAGAAAUGGGAGCUAUUCGCAUUGCACCUUUCUCCAACAGAUUAGCUCAGGAUGUACCCUCAAAAAUUCAAGAGCUUAGGUGCUUUGCCAAUUUUGGAGCUCUCAGAUUUUCAGAAUCUAUAAGAACACUUGCAGAAAGCAUGGUUAAUCGGAUGGUUGAACAUAGCUCCCACAGUGGAGGGAAAUAUGUUUCUGUGCAUCUUCGAUUUGAGGAGGAUAUGGUUGCAUUUUCAUGCUGUGAGUAUGACGCUGGGGAGGAGGAGAAGCAUGAAAUGGAUAUUGCUCGCGAAAGGAGUUGGCGAGGCAAAUUCAGGAGAAGACAUAGGGUAAUAAAGCCUGGUGUAAAUCGGGUUGAUGGAAGAUGCCCAUUGACUCCUUUGGAGGUGGGAAUGAUGCUUAGAGGAAUGGGUUAUGAUAAUACAACCUCCGUAUAUGUUGCAGCAGGAAAGAUAUAUAAAGCACAGAAGUACAUGGCACCACUCAGACAGAUGUUUCCACGAUUACAAACCAAGAAUACACUGGCUACUCCAGAAGAGCUUGCUCAAUUCAUGGGCUACUCUUCUAGGUUGGCUGCUCUUGAUUAUACCGUUUGCCUACACAGUGAAGUCUUUGUUACAACCCAGGGUGGAAAUUUUCCACACUUCUUGAUGGGUCACAGACGCUAUAUAUAUGGAGGACAUGCAAAGACAAUUAAACCUGACAAGCGAAAAUUGGCUCUACUAUUCGAUAAUCCUAACAUAAGGUGGGAAGUUUUCAAACAACAAAUGAAAGACAUGCUUCAUCACAGUGAUCAAAAGGGCAUCGAGUUGAAAAAGCCUGGUGCUUCUCUUUAUACGUUUCCCAUGCCAGAUUGCAUGUGUAAACAGGAAGAAGCAAGAAGUAGAAAUUGUAGCUCUGGGAAAUGUAUGAUGUUUUGAGUGUAAAUAUAUGGCCUUUAGGAAUACGUUCAAUACCUGUAUUUUUUUUUUUUUUUUAUCAUUUAGUUCGAUUUUCUUUUUUCUUUUAAAAUAUGGUAGAGUUAUUUUAAGUAAAAGCUUAUAAAAAGUCCACGAAUUAAGUGUUAAUUGUUAUUUUCAUUUAAGUGCAACAAAUGGCACUUAAGUGUACAUUAAAUAAUUGUAAACUUGCACAGAUGUUAGAUUGCAUCAUGAAUUAUUCUUGGUUCCCUGCUGACUGCUGAGUUUAGCAUGGCAAUUUAAUAGCGUGAAGGCUAUAUUGAUGGCC